UUGUUAUUAUUAUUAUUUUUUUCACAUCCCCAUGAAAAGGUUAAAAGGAUUGGGAAAAAAAAAGAAAGAAAGAACAAAGGAAAGAAGGAAGAGGGCAAAAUAUGAUGGACCCAUUUUUAAAUAAAAUUGAGAGACAAAAGGUUCCAAAUAGGGAAAAGAAAUAAAUAAAAGAGAAAGAGAAAGAGAAAGAAGAAAAGUUGUCUAUAUAUACUUCUCCUCACCCUCCCUUUCAUCCUAUCACUCACUUUCUCCAUUUUUCUCACUCUCUUAUCACACCAACCAAAACUCAUAUACACAUCUCCCCCCCUCUUCCAUUGCAGCCUUCUUCUUCUUCUUCAACCAAAACUCAUUUAUAUACACAUCUCCCUCUUCCAUUGCAGCCUUUUCUUCUUCUUCUUCCUCUUUGACAACAACCGAUCCAUGGCUCGUCCACAACAACGCUAUCGUGGCGUUCGCCAACGACAUUGGGGCUCUUGGGUCUCCGAAAUUCGCCACCCUCUAUUGAAGACGAGAAUAUGGUUAGGAACGUUUGAGACGGCAGAGGAUGCAGCUCGAGCUUAUGACGAGGCAGCACGGUUGAUGUGCGGUCCAAAAGCACGAACCAACUUUCCAUACAAUCCGAACGACCAACAGUCGUCGUCGUCAUUCUCCUCCUCCUCCAAGCUUCUCUCUGCCGCAUUGAUAGAGAAAUUACAUAAAUGUCACUUAGCUUCACUCCAAAUUGCAAAACAACACGUCCACAAACAACAUGCUGGAUUCGAGCCGAGCUACCUCGCAUACAGUGGAUCACCUCCACCGAUCAUUACCGGAGCCACCACUAGUCAAUGGGCAUCAGAUGAAACGUGGGUCUAUUCCAACAAAGGUGAUCAAAUGGAGAUGAAUAACAAUAACAAUAAUUAUAAUAACAACAUUCAUCAUCAACAAUGCCAACUUGAACCUCUUGAAGAUGAUCAUAUCGAACAAAUGAUACAAGAGCUGCUAGACCUCGGAUCAUUCGAAAUUAUUACAUAACUAAAUUAUUACAUUAUUUUUUUCUUCCAUGUUGGGCAGUUCCAAAUUUCCUCUAGAUUUUACCAAUUAAUAUAUAUAUAUAUAUAUAUGAGAUGAUUAGGAAUCUUAUGGAAAUUGAGUGAAUUUAAAAAAGACCCACCCCAUUAUAUAUUAUAUUCUCGGAAUAUGAUGCAUAUUUUGUCACAUUAUAUAAACUUUUGGUGGUAAGUAAUAUAUAUUAUGAUCAAUAUGCGAUCAUAUGAAAUGUGUAAUUUUAAUAU